AUGCCUAUUCACUCAAUUCCUAGUUCACCAGCUACUGCCUCAUUUGCUAAUCCAGAGCUGGCAGAAUUUGAAGCCAUGGAUCUGGAUGCUCAACUGGACAGACUAAAGCAGCUCAGCCCUAUUCCUGGAAAGGCCAAGUCUAAAGUAGUGGAUAAGGCAGUGGACAGAGUAAAAAUAUGGCAGUCAACAGAGCUGGACUUGGAUGAAAAUAAGGAAGCCAUAGAUCAACUAAUGAAAGAUCUAGAUCUGCUGCACAGGCAGAAUGUGGCUCCUAAGCCCAUUCUUGAGAUUAGCCUUGGCUUGGCAAGAGACGUGCUCAAUCUCCACAAUUGCUAUGAAGAUCUCAAGCCCUCGUUCAAAGCUUCUGAAUUUUUCAAAGCUACUAAUGAAGCUAACCUGGCUGAUUAUCAUAAACAAAAGGUAGAAUUGGACAUGAUGGUUGCUGAUUAUAAGGAAACCAAAACUACUGCUGAUAAACUGGGAAAAGCACAUUGA